AUUUUUUUGGCGGGAACAUCACAGUAAUAAACCGAGAGAUGUCGUCGCAGUCGCAGUCGUUCUCACAGACGUUCGGGGGCGUCGGUGCAGGCGGCGAUGCGUCGGGAGGUGUUGGUAUGUCCAACUACGAAGAGGAGAAAGCAAAAUGCGCCGAGUUCCUACUCAACUUCACAUCAAACCUGGACGACCCGGCGUUAGGCCCCAAAUACGCGCGAAUGAUGCAAGAGGUGGCAAACCGAGAACGAACAUCCAUCCCCAUUGCAUUGGACGACGUUCAAAUUGUACGUCAUAAUCACAGUUAUUAUGCUUUUACUCUCAUAGCUUAAUUAUUUUUUUUAUUACUUGCAAUAGUUCGAGAAGGACGACCCGACUUUUGUGUCCCGUAUCGUGCGCAAUGCUCGUCGAUACAUCGCUCUCUUCUCGGACGCAGUGGACGAGAACCUCCCAGCCCCUACAAGGGACAUUUCUGAUUCUCAAGACGUACUAGACGUCCUCAGAAUCUCUCGAGCUCAGGAAUUAGCCCAGCAGCGUCAAACAGAAGAAGGAGAGAGCCAAGCGGCCUCAAACGCCAACGCUGCCACUAUGUUCCCACCAGCAUUAAUGCGUCGCUUUGAGGUGCAUUUGAUCCCUGGAGUCAAGCUCAAAGCUGUACCCAUUCGAGACGUAAAGGCAGCCAAAGUUGGUGCUCUGGUCCGUAUUAAGGGCAUGGUAACGAGAGUAUCCACCGUCAAGCCGCUGCUGACUGUGGCCACGUACACGUGCGAGGCUUGCGCCUAUGAAGUGUACCAGGAAGUCAAAGCACGGCAAUUUAACCCCUUGACACAGUGUCCAAGUGAACGCUGUGAGGCUAACAAGGCACAAGGUCGUUUGAUCAUGCAAACCAAGGCCUCCAAGUUCGACAAGUACCAGGAAGUCAAGUUCCAGGAGCUGCCGGAUCAAGUGCCGAUGGGACACAUUCCACGGUCUCUUACAGUGUAUCUACGAGGCGAACUCACGCGGACGUGCGAGCCUGGCGCUCUAGUGACCAUCUGUGGCGUCUUCUUGCCGCUCCCGUACUCGCCGCAACGACAGAUGCAAAUGGGGCUGGUGACGGAGACGUACUUGGAGGCGACAGACGUGGUGAACCAUAAGAAACGGUACUCCGCUAUGGAGUCGUCUGAGGCGAUGGAAAGCGCCGUGUUGAGACUACAGGAAGGCGCUGAGAAUGUGUACGAGGUCUUGUCCCAGUCUUUGGCACCGGAGAUUUACGGCCACGAGGAUGUCAAGAAGGCGCUGUUGUUACUACUGAUCGGUGGUGUUACCAAGCGUAUGGAUGAAGGCAUGAAGCUGCGUGGAGACCUCAAUGUUUUGCUUAUGGGAGACCCUGGAGUGGCCAAGUCGCAGCUUCUCAAACAUAUCGCUACUGUGGCCCCCAGAGGAGUAUACACGACCGGUAAAGGAAGUUCAGGCGUGGGUUUGACAGCUGCAGUGGUGCGCGAUGCCACCACAAAGGAGAUGACACUUGAAGGCGGUGCGCUGGUGCUAGCGGAUAUGGGAAUCUGCUGUAUCGAUGAGUUCGACAAGAUGGAAGAGGGCGAUCGUACAGCCAUUCACGAAGUCAUGGAGCAGCAGACGGUGAGUAUUGCCAAAGCAGGCAUCACCACGACGCUCAAUGCGCGUACGUCUGUUCUUGCAGCAGCAAAUCCCAUCUACGGACGGUACAACAAGAAGCUCAGUGCGUCUCAGAACAUCAACCUGCCCAACGCGCUGUUGUCUCGUUUCGAUCUCUUGUUUCUACUACUGGAUGUGGCCAAUUACGAAAAGGAUGAGGCGCUGGCACGUCACGUGACGUAUGUGCAUCGGUUCUCACGAAACCCAGAGAUGAAGUUCGAUCCUGUUCGUCCCGAAGUGCUACGAUACUUCAUUGCCAUUGCCAAGCAGUAUCAGCCCAGCAUCCCGGAGGAUCUCUGCGGCUAUAUCGUCGAGGCGUACGUGACACUCCGUCAACAGGACGCCAAUGAACACGCGCGUGAGCGACAGCAGCAGCAAUUCCGUCAGCAAUUCGGAGACGGCGGUGCGAACGAUGCCCAGACGGCCAUGACAGCGCGUCAGUUGUUGAGUAUUCUCCGUCUCUCACAGGCUCUCGCUCGCCUGCGGUUCUCUACGGAAGUUAUCCGCCAAGAUGUCGACGAAGCGAUUCGACUAGUGUACGUGUCCAAGGCGUCGUUGUCAGAGCAGGAUGAUGCCAAUGGGACAGGAAACAGUGGCAAGACGGGGGCAGGAAGCAGUGGCGGGUCAACGGAUGCUACGUCCAAGAUCUUCCGGUUGGUGCAGGAGUUCGCCAAUGAUCGCAAUCUCAAGAUUCUCGCCAUGAGCGACUUGGAACCGGUUGUACUGCGCAAGGGCUUUACCUCUCAACAGCUGUACGCCUGCAUCCAAACCUACCAGGACCUGGAAAUUGUGCAGUUGUCCAACAACGGCACCAGCCUCACUCUCAUCUAGAUGAGGUUAAGCAAUCAUGAAAAACACUUUAGAAAAAAAGUAUAAAGCCUUGAAAUCACGUAGUAUUUUUUUUUACUUAAAAACAAAAUUGCUUUAAAGCUAGCGAA